UCUCCAGCAACUGGCUGUGCUACUCUCACUUCCUAUCAGCGUGUUAUCACUACAACUUUUCUUGGCAGUCAGUCUACUCUGUACCUGAACGAGAAGAAAAAAAGACUUUAUUUAAUUUGAGGGUGUACCAAGAGAGCAAACAGGAGGACACUUUGGUGGGAACAAGCCACUAUCCAAGGCUGAGGUUUAUGUCAUGCAGUGCAGGGUAUCUUGCAUGAAAAGUACGCGAAAGCCAGGUGCCACAGAAUACCAGCAGCUAUCCUGCACCGCAGGUCCCACCAGCUGAUCGGAAGAACAAUGUUUUGCCGUUUUAAAGUACUUUUCUACAUUUUUGCACAUGUUAUCGUAGUUCUUCUGCUACUUAUUUUUUUAUCCAACCCCACACGGGAGCUGCUGUCCCCCAGAAGUGCAGAAGAACAUAAACUUGAUUACAGAGCCAAGACACCAAGCAUAACAGACAUUCCUCAAUCACUAAUUGAGAAGAACAAAUUAACAGAACAAUUUGAAGACAAACAACCAUCUGUAAACAGUGGCAAAGAGAAGCAUUCAGUCCAAGCCACCAAAGCAACAUUUCAUAAUCUCUCGACACCCAUUAAUGAAACAUCUGUAAAAGUCAGACUGACCAGUCCGGCCAAGAGGAAUGUUCAGUCCACGUCUCUCAACAGGCAAGCUGCAAGGAAACCUCUUAUAUCAGGAAAUUUUACUUCAGAGCCAAAAUGGGGAAUUGAUGAAGAUGAUUAUACUAUGGUGAUUUCCCCCUUACAGACUAGUUGCCCCAUUUCUGUAAAAAUCAAAGCACGCCACUCACCUUGGAUGAAAGACAAGUUUCUUCCUCACAUCACAAUAUUCAUGGAUGAUCGUCACUUCAGUAACAAGGAAUGGGACAGACUGGAACACUUUGUCCCACCAUUUGGCUGGAUGGAAUUAAACUACACAGUGGUUCAGGAGGUGGUCUCUGCUCUCCCCUAUGUACCAGAUCAACAGCUGCUCCUCGCAAAGAAGAGUAAUGAGUUUCCACGCUGCGAUAGCUGUGCUGUGGUGGGAAAUGGGGGCAUUCUCAAUGCAUCUCGCCUUGGCAAGGAGAUUGAUGCACAUGAUUAUGUAUUCCGGGUCAAUGGGGCAGUGAUCAAAGGUUAUGAAGAGGAUGUAGGAGUGCGAACCUCUUUCUAUGGCUUCACUGCUUUCACCAUGUUGUCCUCUAUUUACUUACUUAACAGAAACGGAUUUGCCAACAUGCCCCAGGACAAGGAGACAAAGUACAUCCUUUUCGCGGAGGGACAGAGAGACUACGAGUGGUUACAAGCUUUACAGCAGAACAAAGAGAUCAGCAAAGCUAUUCUGCAUAAAUACAGGCUUCACCCCCGGGAUGAAUUUAGGAAAACUUUUGACUUGGAAAAUCUAUUUGUCACUCAUCCAGAUUUUGUGCGGUACCUGAAGAACAGGUUCUUGAGGUCAAACGUACUGAAUGGGAAGUACUGGAGGGUAUACAGGCCAAGUACAGGUGCCUUACUGCUGUUAACAGCACUACAUCUCUGUGAUAAGGUUAGCGCCUAUGGUUUUAUGACUCAAGAUUUCCGAAACUAUUCUGAUCAUUAUUAUGACAAGCAGAAGACUGAAGUUACUCUCUACAUAAACCAUGAUUUUCUUUUGGAGAAAGAGGUGUGGGCACACCUGCAUAACGAAAAUAUCAUCAAACUGUACCAGCGGACAUAGGGGACACAUAUUUAUCACCAUUUCACUUGGAUAGAACUGAUGAUCAAGAGAAGCAAUUAGAGGCACUGAAUACUGCGUUAUGUGGAGAAUAUAAACUAUAACCUAAACAUCGGGAACAACAGACACUUAUAUUAAGAGUUAUAUGAAAAAUGUCACUGUUAGAAAAUCUCUUCAGAAAAAAAAAAGAUUAUUUUCUUUUUUUCAUACAGUAUAAUCAUUUUUAAAUGGAAAGAUUUUAAAAUAAAUCUAUAUUUUUAAUCAA